AAAAACAGCCUUCCCAUCAGUGGUACGAGUUCCUCCGACCAAGAACCAGUCAUAUAUUCAGGUUAUUUUCGACCUCGGUUCGCCAGACUUAACAGCCGUAAACACGCUAUACAAGUCGAUGCCUGGUGCGACUCAUCGAAGCGGAAAAUGUCUUAGGCCAUUGACGAUGGGAGAGUAUUGCCGGCCCCUUUUACAAAAGGGCAGCAAUGGCGGCACCGGCCACCACGGACAGACCCAAAGGAGCCAUGGUGGCGAGAGGUACACCGGCACCCUCAGAGGUGCUGGUGCUGCUGGAGCCGCUGGUCUGGGAGGAAGAGGAGGAGGUCUUGGUGGAGGUGGAAGACUCGGUCUUAGCGGUGGUGGUCUUGGUCUUCACCGUCGAGAAGGACGAAGCAGGAGCGCUGGAGCCGAUGACAGCGCUAGAAGCACCGGCGGGGAGGGAGCCUUGGGUGGGGAUGACAGGCUGGGAGGUCACAGCAGCGGGCUGAGAGGGAGCCUAGCUUCAUGUCAGCACUAUUGUUGUUUUGUAGAUACAGGAGAGAAUGCUUGCUUACCACGACAGCAGAGGACUGAGCAGCGGCGAGAGCGCCGAAAGCCACCAGGAAGAUAGAGUAACGCAUUGUGAUAGUGGAAGGUGGGUUGAAUCGGGUGGAGCGAUUGUGGAGGCGGAGUAUGAAGAUCGAUCAAGAGUCACAAGCGAAUGUCUCUGGAAGCAGGUAGCGAUUGAAGUGAAUGGGUGAGGCCUCGAAAGGAAACGACCGUGGGGGUUACUUUAUAUCACUUGAGAAAGAAAAAGGGACAGAGAGGAUGACAGGCGCAGGGGCAUCCCUUAAAUAGACCGGAGGCAGGGGACAGCGCAGAAAGGCCGGGGCCAGGUGCCGUCGCAAUAAGACAAUGAAGGAAUAAUC